AUGCAUGUCGCACCGCAAAAAUUGGAUUGCAUUCGAAAGUGGAUGGACGUGAUAGUUCCCAAAAAAUGUGCACCUGAAUCAACUGAUGGACUGGUUCUUUUGGAACUGAUUGAUCUAAUGAAUAAUGGAAAUUUGGCACUGGAAACCAGUUCAACAGAAGCAGAUAAAGUCGUUCUGAAGGUGCUUCAGGAAUUUUACGGCACAAACGUGGAAGAGCUGUUAGCAUCUACAAAAGAUUCAGUUGAUUCUUACACUACUUAUGGUCGGUGUUGUCUUCAAUUGCUCGUACUUGCUAUGGGACUGCGUCGACGGUGCAAAGUGUUCAUGUCUGCCGCGUUCAAACUACAACCAGCUAUGCACUAUGCCAUAGUAGAAUUAAUGCAACCGUUGAUUUCGGAGCAGCCGAUUUCGCUUGCUUCUUUUUCUGGUCUAAAUGUAGAUUCGGAAAACCAGCAGCUUACCCCCAUCAGGCGAGGGAGCCAACCAAGGACUCCUCUCACAUGCCCUGCUGGUGGUCGAUUGUUGUUUGGACAGAAUUUUCGCUUGAACAAGACUGGAGUGGCUUCCACGACCUUCACUGAUGACUACAAUGUUGGGCUACAAUUAAAGUCAUCUCCUCCUAAGUGUAGCCCUUCAACCUUCCCAGCUUCAAGUCCAGUUUUGUUGGCCGAUAGAAGACUUCGUACAGUCGUCGACUGGGAAUCGGAGAUUAUUGAUUCGCCUCUCUACUCUUUGAAAUCGAUCUUAGAUUCACCAUCUUUGAUUCCCAAAUCGCAGUACAUAGCUAAACUAGACGAAGCGCGGCAUCUGUCAGCAAGGUUGGCUGAAGUCGAACACUUGUACGAAGAAUCCAGCAUGGAAACAGAAAAACUGAACUCGGCUUAUAGAAGUCUGGAACUUCAGUACCAAGAAUUGGAGGUACGAUGCAAGCGGCGCGAGGCGGAAGUAAGUGAACUACGCGACGAGUUGACUUUCGAGCGUGAAUCUCGGCUGAAUUGUGAACAGGAGCUCCAGCGUUUUCAGGGGCUUCGCGAACGCUUCAACUCCGUAGUGGAAGAACUGAAAUCACGAUCCCGCGUAUUUUUGGAAAACCAAGAUCUUCACAAACAGUUGACGCAUCUUCAUGCAAAGAUGAAAAGUUUGGAAAACUUACGGUCACGUUUAACAGAUCAGCAAAUACUGCAGCAAGAACAUAAUGCGUUAUGCGAAAGGCUCCGAAUCGCGGAUGAAACUAUACUCCGACUUACCUGUGAACGCGAGGAAAGGUUAGCCCUAUCUGAGGCUGAAGCCUAUGCGAGAGUUCAGGAUUCCCACUGUAGGAGGUAUUACAGAUCUCUUUCGCAAUUUACUCCACAUGCCUCGGAUACUCUUAUUCUUUCUCCUGAUUCAUCACAGCCGGAGAUACUGGACAACGCACACAUUCGAUUAGACGCUGAUGAACCAGUUCCCUCGCCCAUCCUGUCACCCAGAUCAGCUACUGCCAUCGCUCAUUGUCCACCUGAAAAUCUGUCAUCUGUGGUCGCCGUGAACCAGCAGAUAAAUGACUUGGAACAUGUGAUUUCCGACUUGAGACAAGAGCUGCAAGAUGCUCAUCGGGAAUGCGUUCGUUGGCAAUGUCGUGCAAUCGCCGCUCAAGCCCUGUCCGCUCAUCGUUUGCACACAACUCGAGAGCUUCAGGAAGCUGUGUCGGUUGCAGCCCAAAAGGUGGCAUCCACUGAGGUUCACUACGCCGAAAAAUUCACAUGGUUAGAGAGCCAGCUCCAGCAUGUGAAGUCUCGCGUUAAACAUGCAGAAGAAGCGAUGCGAACCUGUGAGCUAAAUCGCAAAUCAGAACGGGCAGGCUGGGUUGCAAAGUGCGAAGCACUGGCUAAGCAAUGUCUGGACGAACUGACUGAGGAGUUACGGUCGCAUACAGAGAAUGAAAAACGUCUGGAAGCAGAGCUUGCUAGGAUGACAUCUUCGCUAAACGAUUUGAAAGCAACGGCCGAGUCCGAUUUGCAAUCGCUUGAGCAUCAAAUGAAUAGCGAGGUGCACAUUUUGCACGGGACUAUAUCAGAGCUGCAAGAGACUAUCCGGGAGAAAACUGCUGCAAACGAGCUACUUCAAAACCAGGUGAAGGAGCAACUAGAAGCAAACGACGCCUACCGCACGGCCUCGGAAAAAGAAGUCGACUGUCUUCGCAAUCAACUCAACACGCUGUCAUCAGAACUCGCCACUUUGGAAAACCAACGUGAACAACAAUACCGAACACUACAAUGUCGCUUGAAUACUGAGAUAGAGCAACUUAAAGAUAUCAGUGAAUCAGCUUCACGGCAAGCGGCUCACUAUCAGAUCGCUUUGCAAGAGGCUUCAACUAGAGCGGAGUCCGAUUCCAAAAAGCUGGCCGCUGCCGUCGCCUUGGCUGAUUCAAAGGAAUCCGAACUAACCAGAAUACGUUCAACAAAUACUGAGCUCCAGGAACGAUGCAGCGAGUUAGAAGCUAAUUUGACUGUUGUCAGUAAUCGAGCGACAGAGCAGGAGAAUCUACGUUCGGAGCUUGCUGUACGACUCCACCAGCUAGAGACGGAUAAAUCCAUGUUGGAGGUUCGGUGUAGUGCAUUGGACGAACGUGUUGCGACUCUGGAAUCAGAAGUGAAGCACCAACAGGAGCGCGUGCGACAGUACAAAGAGCAGUUGGCCGCAUCACAACAAGACCGCACUGAACUUGAACGCCGGGCUGCUCUACUGCGUGAUAGCGCGCGUGAGUUAGAGACUAACUGGAUGCACAGUCAAACGCUACUUACUCAGGCACGGUCGCAAUUGGCUCAGGUAGAACAGGCACUUCACGAAACGAAGCUGGAGCUACAGCGUGCUGAAUAUUAUCGCGAAGAAGCGGCACAACGGUUGGCUCGUGUCGAACUGCGUCAAAUGCAAGGUAAACGCUUGGUGCGUUCAACGGUUUCAUUAUUCAACGUUUCACGAUCCACUACCAGCGCGCACCCAGUCCCAGAAGAAGAGAAUCUUAUGGAUGUUGGCACUGAUUCCUCCCAGCUUAUCCACACGCCUGUGCAAGCUAACGAUAAUGUCGGCCGCGGUGCGAAUACCUCAUUUACGUUUGUGUCUCCACUAUCAGCUCUCGAUGUCCAGUCAGAGAUAGCAGAAAGCGCCGUCCAGGCCCCUUCUCCAGAAUCGGCGCCCCAUCUGCGGGAUGUCGCUGUACAGAAGUGCGGAACGCAUCUGGUAUCGAAUAAAGUUUCCAAUGGUAGUGUGUCGAAUCCCUAUAGUUUGAACCAUGCCAAGUGGACAUCUGACUUGAAUAGUACCGUUACCGUAAGUCCAGCUGGUCUUCGAAGGGGAUCCGUAUUUCAUGGGGGUUCCCCCAAGCGACAUGCGCGGCGUUUUUGCCGUCUGCUGAUUGUUCCAGAGAAAGAGGUGCCUAAACCUGCAAUGAGCACCCUGGAAACACAAAACCUCCCAAAGAAACAACGAUUCGGCUCGUCAGUCGUUGCAAUGGGACCAAGUCACGGCAACCAAUCCAAGGCCGAACCAGAUGUGUCGAUCGCCUCGGAAUCUCAACAGCUAUCCUUGAUUCCCAAGACGUCGUCCAAUCCCGCUACAGCAAUUGUCAAAGGUCUAACGUACAUUCCGGAGACCCCGGUGCCUUGGAAUGCUCCGCCGAAUGACCUCUCCAGAAGCAACCUCAAUACCUCCACUGAUGCGAACAGCUCAGUGGCCUCUGUCUGCUCCGCUAUAAGUGAACAUGUACCAGGUAUACCUAUCGCUGAGGCAGGACGACAACUGUCGCUUCCUGUUUCUUCACUGAAAAAGGGUGCAAAACUGUGGAGGCCGAAAAUCCCGAAACGCUUGAAGCGACGCUCACCAAACGUCGGUGGUGUUCUCGGAGAUGACGGGAAAGUUGAUCCAUUCGUCAAACCUUUAAGACCGGUUUCCCACAGUAAAAGUAAAACGAACGAAGGCUAACGAUCACCACUUGAUACUCGAGUCAUCCUCUCGAAUACCUACUACUUCACAUAUUUUUAUCGUUUUGUGAUUGAACUGUUGUUUUGUAUAGUUAUUCAAUGUUCUUUUUUACCUGUACACAGUUGUAACUUUAUUACAC